AUGUCGUCCCUGGGAACGACUGCUACUACCAUGAAAAAUCGUCAAGUACAGCUGAUUGCUCUGCAGAUGUCCAUGGUGCCAAACGAGCCUGCGAAGAACGUGGCUCGGGCAGUGCAAACGUUGCAAAGCUCGUUGACCGAGGCUGGUGCCGCACCAGCUGGUGUGCAACGGAUAGCCCUUCUGCCGGAACUCUUUGCCGCGCAGUACUUUCCUGUAGACGGCGGGGAACCGCGUCACUACAGUCUGGCAGUGCCGUCGCCGUUUACCGAGCCUGAACACUGGUUCUGGCGCGAGAUGGCGAGUCUCUGUCGACAGACUGAGGUCGUGUUGGCAGUGUCGUUCUUCGAGCAGGCCGGGGGCUGGACGUUUUUCAACUCGCUGGCGGUGCUGGACCCGGGCGCUGCUGACCUCUUCGUUCAGCCUGUUUACAGAAAACUUCACAUCCCGCACUCGCCGGGCUACCACGAAAAGUUUUACUUUUCGCCUGGCGAUACCCCGCCCACGGUGUACCAGACAAGUCGGGGCAUUCGCAUUGGCGUCGGUAUCUGCUGGGAUCAGUGGUUCCCCGAGCUCGCACGAUGCCUUGCGCUGAACGGUGCAGAAGUGCUACUUUACCCGACCGCUAUUGGGAGCGAGCCCCAGGAUCCGACGUUGGACUCGCGGGAGCACUGGCGUCGCACCCAGCAGGGUCAUGCUGCUGCGAACCUGAUGCCGCUUAUGGCUGCGAACCGUACCGGAAUAGAGCUUGCCCAGGACGGCUCAAUGCAGAUUCGUUUCUACGGCUCCUCGUUCAUCACCGACAAUACGGGUGCUAUCGUGGCAGAGGCAUCGCGAGACGCUGACCCGGUGGUGCUCUUCAGCCCCGUUAUGGACCUGGACGCGUAUCGGGAAGCGCGACUCGCCUGGGGCGUGUUUCGAGAUCGUCGGCCCGAUAUGUAUGGGUCGCUGCUGGCCUUGGACGGUGUAGCGAAGCGCGCGCCUGUGUGA